AUGUCUCCUAUUGAUGCCAAUAUUUGGGUGUUUAGUCAUAUUAAUAUGGAUGCUGUUAUUCUUUGCGACAGUAAGCAAUAUGUUUGGGUGACGCGAUGUCUUGAAACGCUUGCAAUAAUAUCGGGAAGAAAGGCUCUCGCUGAUUAUAAAAAAUAUAUUGGAACAUUGAAAACGGUUGAGGAUUUCGCCGCAAUUAUUUUAUCGAAUGCGCCUACUAAUAUUCCAGAAUCGGAGAAAUGGAAUCUUGAGAAGAUUGAACAUGAAUUUCUCAACAAUUAUUUGGUGGUUGAAAAUGGCCGGCUCUGCGAGUUUCAUGCGACACUUUCUGAAGAUUAUUUCGCAUGCAAAUAUCAAUGCUGCGCGGCGCAUAAUACACGCCUUGCGCAUGUCCUAUUCGAUAUUUUCUCGCAAAAUAAACUUCAAAAGUUCAAGCCGAUUGGAGACACAUUUGAAUUGUGCCAUCGGGAUAAUGAAGCGAUCGCGCAAUUACCAAUGGAGCCGAAUAUUUCGAAGAAAACCAAAAAUAUUUUACUUCACGAACAGGAGACAAUUGAUGCGUUGAGAGCUGACGUAGAAGAAUUUGAACUGCCUGAAUUUGCAAUUCCACUAUGCGAUGAGAUGUCGGAAUGUAUUUUUUCGGAUGAAUCCGAUUCCGAUGAUGAGAAUACAGGAAUGAGCUUGUUGCGUGCGUCCGGCACGUUUACUCAAGCAUUUUAUGGAUCACCGGAAGUCCCAUUUAUAAGAAGAUUGGACAACACUCGAGUUCUUUGCUCACAACAAACCGAUGAAGAGUAUACUGCAAAAUUGAAUGCGAUUAGAUCAUCCACUCCAGAACCCGAGACACCCGAAUCGUUUUCUCGAAUUCUCCCACCUCCAGAAUCACAUGUAUUGUCGAAAAUGACGGAAAAGAAAGUUCUAAAAAAUUUUGUUCUACCGGUUAAUGAGAAUCGACGAAAACCAGUUAUCGAUGAGAUAUUGGAUGCCGAAGCUACCAAGAAAUACUUGCAACGUCACCGAAGACGCCUUUUCGAUGAAGCAUUCUUCAACGGCACCCAUUCAAUUUUCAUCGAGAAAAAAUACGACGAAGAUUGA